GGCAGACACUUCCCACAGGAGGACUCAGGAGCUGUGAAACAAACUCUCCACCUGGGCCUGCAAGAUGCUGCCGGCAAGCCUGACCUGGCUGGGCCCGGCCCUGUGGCCGCUGCUGCUGCUGACCGGGGCUGCCUGGCUGCUGGCCCGUGUCCUGGCCUGGGCCUGGGCCUUCCAGGACCUGUGCCGGCGUCUGCGCUGCUUCCCGCAGCCCCCCAGGCGGAGCUGGUUCUGGGGGCACCUGGGCCUGAUUCACCCCACGGAGCAGGGCCUGCGGAGCAUCACCCAGAUGGUGGCCGCCCACUGCCAGGGCUUCAUGCUGUGGCUGGGCCCCGUUCUUCCCCUCGUCACCCUCUGCCACCCUGACAUAGUCCGGCCUGUCACCAAUGCCUCAGCUGAGAUCGCCCCCAAGGACAUGCUCUUCUACAGCUUCCUGAAGCCCUGGCUGGGGGACGGGCUGCUAUUGAGUGCAGGGGACAAGUGGGGCCGGCACCGUCGCCUGCUGACUCCCGCCUUCCACUUCAACAUCCUGAAGCCCUACGUGAAGAUCUUCAGCCAGAGUGCAGACACCAUGCAUGCCAAGUGGGCACGCCUGCUUUCGAGGGGUAGCGCCCGCCUGGACAUGUUCGAACACGUGAGCCUCAUGACACUGGAUAGUCUGCAGAAGUGUGUCUUCAGUUUCGACAGCAACUGUCAGGAGAAGCCCAGCGAGUACAUUGCCGCCAUCCUGGAGCUCAGCGCUCUCGUGGCCAAGCGGCACCAGCAGCUCCUCCUGCACUGGGACCUGCUGUACCAUCUCACGGCCGAUGGGCGGCGCUUCCGCCGCGCCUGCCACCUGGUGCACUCCUUCACUGAUGCAGUCAUCCAGGAGCGGCGCCAGGCUCUCCUCGCCCAGGGCUCCCACGACUUCCUCAGGGCCAAGGCCAAGGCCAAGACGCUAGACUUCAUUGAUGUGCUGCUGCUGGCCCAGGACGAGGACGGGAAGCAGCUGUCAGAUGAGGACAUCCGGGCUGAGGCUGACACCUUCAUGUUUGAGGGUCAUGACACCACAGCCAGCGGCCUGUCCUGGGUCCUGUUCAACCUGGCAAAGCACCCAGAGCACCAGGAGCGCUGCCGGCAGGAGGUGGGGGCGCUGCUGCAGGGCCGGGAGCCCCAGGAGCUGGAGUGGGACGACCUGGCCUCGCUGCCCUUCCUGACCAUGUGCAUCAAGGAAAGUCUCCGCCUGCACCCGCCUGUCACUGUUGUCUCUCGCUGCUGCUCCCAGGAUGUGCCUCUCCCGGACGGCCGGGUCAUCCCCAAAGGUGUCAUCUGUCUCAUCAGUAUUUUCGGGACCCACCACAAUCCGUCCGUGUGGCCAGACCCUGAGGUGUAUGACCCCUUCCGCUUCGAGGCAGAGAACAUGAAGGACAGGUCCCCCCUGGCCUUUAUCCCCUUCUCCGCGGGGCCCAGGAACUGCAUCGGGCAGACGUUCGCCAUGACCGAGAUGAAGGUGGUGCUGGCGCUGACGCUGCUGCGGUUCCGCGUGCUGCCCGACGAGCAGGAGCCGCUCCGGAAGCCGGAGCUCAUCCUGCGUGCCGAGGGCGGGCUGUGGCUGCGGCUGGAGCCACUGGACCAGGCCUGCUGACCACGCUGACCCCACGUGGACUCCCGAGAGAGAAUACAGCUGUGUG